AACCUGUGCAACUGGAUUCUCGGAUCGGAGCCUCUGACUGGAGCUGUAUCUGUAGUAGAGUAGAUAGCCACGUUAGCUAGCUAAAUAACAGCUUACAAGCUGAAUAUCACAGUUUUGAGAAAGAUAGUAAGAUAGAUAGAUAGCUGAACUUAUUGGUAAGCCUUAGAUUCGGCUGAAAGAAGCAUUUUAAACAUACAUUUUAUUGUUUUUACUUCUGAAAUCGACAUAGAGCAGCUCCACUUCCUCAACACUGCGCAGAGAGGCAAGCUAAGGACAGGUAGCUUAGCUUAUGCUCAAGUUUACGGCUUUAUUUCGCAGGAAUUGCCGCUAAAACCUGGUUCGUCCAGCUGUCAAACACCUUAAACAGGAGUUCAGGACUUUGACUGUGAUCUGAGGGGCAAGGCGGGGCCUGUGGGGAGCUGUAGGUUCUCCCCAUGACAUCGCGGCAUCAUGCCAACAGCGGCUCCACCAGCGAUGCCGAGUGGCGGGUUUCUGAGGAGGACGAGGGGGACGUGGAGCUCGCUGAGCUGGGGCCGUUGCUGACCGCUCCUGAGUCUGAACCCAGGGGUGCAAGAGCAUUCCCAGAUACAGAUGGUGAUGAUGACAGUGAUGAUAAUGGAGAGAACUGUGGCCUGCGGGUCGUCACACUGCCCCUGCAGGCUCACCAUGCCAUGGAGAAGAUGGAGGAGUUUGUGCACAAGGUGUGGGAGGGGCGUUGGCGAGUGAUCCCGUACCAGCUGCUUCCUGAUUGGCUGAAAGAUAACGACUAUCUGCUUCACGGCCACCGGCCGCCCAUGCCAUCAUUCAGAGCCUGCUUCGGGAGCAUCUUCAGGAUCCACACUGAAACAGGGAACAUCUGGUCACAUAUGCUUGGUCUGAUUUUGUUCCUGUUUCUGGGCACCCUGACCAUGCUGCGGCCCAACGUGUCCUUCAUGGCUCCUCUGCAGGAGAAGGUGGUGUUUGGGAUGUUUUUCCUGGGUGCGGUGCUCUGUCUCUGCUUCUCCUGGCUCUUCCACACAGUCUACUGCCACUCGGAGAAAGUCUCCAGAACGUUCUCAAAGUUGGAUUACUCUGGAAUAGCGUUGCUGAUAAUGGGCUCGUUUGUUCCGUGGCUCUAUUACUCCUUCUACUGUUCCCCACAACCACGGCUCAUCUACCUCUCUGUGGUGUGUGUGUUGGGCAUCUCUGCCAUUAUUGUGGCACAGUGGGACCGUUUCGCCACGCCGCGCCACCGGCCUACACGUGCAGGUGUGUUUCUUGGCCUGGGGCUGAGCGGCGUCAUUCCCACAAUGCACUUCACCAUCGCUGAGGGCUUUGUGAAGGCCACCACAGUGGGCCAGAUGGGCUGGUUCAUCCUGAUGGGCGCCAUGUACAUAACUGGAGCUGGACUCUACGCUGCACGCAUCCCUGAACGCUUCUUCCCUGGCAAAUGUGACAUCUGGUUUCAAUCCCAUCAGAUAUUCCAUGUACUGGUUGUGGCUGCAGCAUUCAUCCACUUCUACGGCAUCUCCAACCUGCAGGAGUUCCGCUACGGUCUGGGAGGCGGCUGCACCGACAAUUCCCUGCUCUAAAACAACUCCGUUCCCCUGUCUCCUCGAUCCAGCUGUGGCUCCCUGAAUCAGCCACAGCUGGGAAAGAGCCAUCGACCACCAGACCAGCCGCCGACCACACACUGAACCAUGAUCAAAUAUUAAUUCUUUUAAAUUAUUCUAGUGAAUAAGUUAUAAAGUUUGUAAAGUGAUUUACAGAGUAUUUAAGCCCUUUCACACUUUUUCACGCAUUUUUUUUUGGUCAGACGCGAAUAACAAAACUCCACAGCUCUUGAUAAAUGUCCACGAUUUCUGUUUCUCUGCUCCUUGUCCACUUUUGCAUAAUUAACUCCUCCACACAAGUGCUCAUUAACGAGGGGAGCAUUUAGUAAAGUUCUCUUCUUUUGUAGACUUAAAAAUACUUUUUAAACUUUAAAUUACUCCUCCUGUAAUGUGUGUAAAUUGUCUGUAAAGAUCUCGCCAUCAUUCCCCAGCCUUUCAUCUUCAAACCACCACAUCGAUCGAGUAUAAGAUUCUAUUUUUUUCUGAUUUUGAUUUGAUUUAUUUAGUGCUCAGCAUCACAGUCAGUCAAUUUCUGACACCAUAAUUAUCUGUGUAUUCAUUUUAAAAACUUGUCAUUUACCUGUAAAAAUUAGACUGUGUGUGAAAGGGCCUUUACAGAACAUAAUUACUUGAAAAUUGUGAUUUAUAAAAAUCUCAGAACUCUUGUAUAAAAUGGACUUGGGUUGUAGUGAAACAUGAUGACGAGUACAAACUUUUGUUGAAUAGCCCUCCUCCGUCCACCACCAGUAUUUAAAAUACAGCGCUUUUAGCCAAUUCUCCCAAAGGGCUUACAAUGCUAAUGACAGGGGCAUAGAGUAACCCAUACAAAAAAAUGGUCAUUUUUACACUAUUAACAAGCUGAAAGUAGCUCCACAUUUCAUUGCUAGAAUUCUGAGGAUCCUGAUAUUUAAAACGAGGCACUGAGAGAUUUAAAAGUGCAAAGAUAGUUUAUUAAAAACACUGUUUAUACAAACAGUACCUCAAUAAGUCGACUUAUGAGAUGAAGCGAAUGGAUAGGACAGAUGAACAGAUAAAUUGAGGUAAAUUGAGGGCUUUUAGUGUAGUUAUGCUUCUUCAUGGAACAUAGAAGACUCAGACGCUCCUAGACUUAAAAAUACUUUUUAAAUGUAAAAUGACUACUCCAUAAAGUGUCUGUCAAAAUUUCUCGUCAUAAUUCCCCAGCCUUUCGGCUCCAAACCGCCACAUACUUACACAUACUUACUUCUGAUUCUGAUAUUUUUUUAUUUAGUGCUCACCAUCACAGUCAGUCAGUUUCAGUCAUUUUAAAAACUUGACAUUUACUUGUAAAAAUCAAACUGUGUGUGAAUGAGGCUUUACAGAACAUGAUUACUUAAAAAUUGUGAUUUAUAAAAAAUGUCAGAGCUCAGUUAAAUAAGAAAUCUUGUAUAAAAUGGAUUUGGGCUGUAGUGAAACAUGAUGACAAGUAUGAUCUUUUGUCGAAUAGCCCAUCUCUAUUUACCCCCAGUAUUUCAAAAUACAGCGCUUUUAGCCGAUGCUCCCAACAGGCUAAUCCUGCGUUCACACUGGAAAGCGACAAAGCAACAGGUGCCUGUUCAUUCCUAUGAUAGGGUGCGAUUUCUUGCUGCGACACGUGAGAAGCAGCAGAGUGUCGAGCAAAACACAAGCGACAAUUUCCUCAACUUUGAAGCGACAUUCUAACCCGACUGGUUUUUAGCAUUUCUUUGGAACUUUUGGUUCCUUUCGCAUUUCUGCAGAAUAAAGUGGCCAAGCGAUUCCUCAUAUUUAUACCAUAUUUUCCCUCCAAAAUGUAUAUUUUUAAGUGCGACUAAAAAUGACUGGAUGGUUAGUGUUAGGUCUGUCACAAUAAUUACAUUAUCGAUUUAUCGUACAUUAAAUAGACAUUACCUUAAUAAUAUUUGAUAAUUGUGAUAUCGUCUAUUGUGCUAAUUUGUAUGCUUGUUUACAUAUAUAAAACUGUGAACAGAAUUUUAGUCAAUACUGCUUCAAAAACUGACCAAUGUUUUAAUAACUGUGACUUCACCCACACAGUGUGAACUGCAGUAAGAGAAGAAAUAAGUAUUAUUCCCAAACUAUGAUUAAUUUAAAUUUUGUUGUCUUUAAAAGGGUAUGAUUGCUUUUUUCAUUCCAUUCUGUUAUAUUUAUAUCAGUGGCAUUUAAUGGUCUUAAAAUGACAAAUAUCGUGUAUCACAAUAAUUUCUGGGACGAUAUAUUGUGCACAAAAAAAUGUUAUCGUGACAGGCCUGGUAAAUGUUAAAUAUAAAAAAAACAUUUAGCAUGUUUUAUUAAAAUCAAUUUAUUUGUAACCAUUUCAGUGAUCUAACAUUAGUUACCAAAUACAUAUUUAAUUCAAACACGCAUUUAAUAAAUAAUAUUUUUUGUAGGGCCAAUACAAAGCAGUUGUAAGCAAUGCAAUUUUUCUUUUUCUUUUUUUUUUUUUUUGGAAGCUGGACCAUGAUACAUGCAUGCACUGAGAUUUAACACCCAAGGACAAACGCCUGCAAGGACAAACACGGGAUGCGUUCUAGUGUAAAUGCAAAGUUACAGUGCUAGUGAUAGGGGCAUAGCGUUACUCAUGCAAAUGCAAGAAAUGGCUUUUUUGUUUUUAUAGCAUUAACAAACUCAAAGUAGCUUCACACUUCAUUGGUAGAAAUCUGAGGGCCCUGAUAUUUAAAACGAGGCACUGAGAGCUUUAAGAGUGCACAGAUAUUUGUUUAAAACACUGUUUAUACACACAGUACCUUCAUUUAGUUUAUUAAAACAAUUUUUGUACACUUUUUCUCGAUCCAACGAAUAAGUAGGAUAGGGGAACAGAUUGAAAAAAUAUAUAUUUUUGCGGAAAUGCAUGCAUGAAUUCCAGCAAUUGCUAAAAAUAUAUCUAUAUCAUAUUAAUGGAUUUCCACGGAAAUUAGUUUUCCAAUCCUGUUCCCCUAUCCUUCCUAUUCAAUGGUUAACUCUAUGCCCUUAUCACUGGUACUGUAAGCAUGUUGGGAGCAUCAGCUAAAGCGCUGUAUUUCUGAAUGCAGGGGAAAAAUGGAGAUGGGCUAUUCAACAAAAGUUCAUACUCAUUUUUAUGUUUCACUACAACCCAAGUCCAUUUCACACCAGAUUUCUCCUUUUAAAUGUUUGUGCACGGUUCAGAACGUCCAUCGUAACAGACUCAGAUUCAUCUCAGAGUCAUCCUGCACUGAGAGCUGAACAGCACUACCUCUCUCCUCCUCUACGCCGCCGGGUGAUCACUCUCCGUGUCCUGGAGUGAUACCUACAGGUUCUGGACUCUACGGACGUUUAUGUCCCACUUCUUAGAUGUUAAAGGGAAUAGGAAUAAGAUGUGAAUGUCUUUAUCUGCUGUAAAUGUUUUCUUGUGACCAAUACACUUUGUGAACUGAAAUUUCUUAUAUA